GGUCGUGCUCGCGCGCCGCUGCAUCCUCCCUCCUCGCGCAGCCAGCACGUUCACGGGUAGAUCCAAGGCGUAACAACAACAAUCAUGCAUCACCACAAUUAUUAAAACAACAGUGGAGGAACUAAAGAUAAACGAGAGGAGGAUCAAGAAAACCAGUCUGCAUUCAUCUUCCUUCGUCGUAACGGAGUGAAAGGAUGAAGCAUCAGUGAACGGUGAGGACGAGGCCGACAUGAGCGAGCCCUCGUGGCUGGCAGCCGACCCGGGAGCAACGUCGCAGCUGAGCCUUGUGGGCAGAGCAGAGACCAUGCGACACAGUCCAAACAUCGCUGGCAACAGGGAGGAUGAUGACGAUUCAUCGUCCGAGAGCGGCAGCGGUCUUCCCACCCUCACCCCUCCAUCCUCCUCUGCCGCUGCCGUUGUCAGGGAAGUUGAGGUUGUCAAUGGGAAUUGUGGCCCCCUCCCGCUGGACUUCAGCACGCCCACAUCCUCAUCCUCUGAAGACCAUCAACCUAUGAACCUGAGCGACCCGUCCCCUCAGAGACCGCCUCUGGGAACCCCCCACUUGCCCGUCACUGUGUCAGCGGCGGCGGCAGCCCUGCUCGGCGCCUUGCAUCCUAAUGUACCCGAGGAGCUGCGCAGGAAGUACCCGCUGGCCGCCAAAUCUCCACUGGCUCCUCAUCCCGCUCUGCCUGUGUCAAACUCUUACACACAUGGAAGUGAACUGCGACUGGAUCGUGACUAUGGCGGCAAGUCACCUGUAUACAGCUCUGGUGGCAGCUACGACAGCAUUAAAAUGGAAGUGAGUGCCGAAGACCUGAGUGCCGGCCGUCUCGGAGGCCCCGUUGCCCCCGAUGAUGAUGACGAUGAACAUGACGAGCACGAUGACAGUGACAAGAUCAAUGACACAGAGGGCGUCGACCCAGAGAGGCUGAAGGCUUUCAAUAUGUUUGUGCGCCUGUUUGUGGAUGAGAACCUCGACAGGAUGGUACCCAUCUCCAAGCAGCCCAAAGAGAAGAUCCAGGCCAUAAUAGAGUCCUGCAGCAGACAAUUUCCAGAAUUCCAAGAACGGGCCCGCAAGCGGAUUCGCACCUACCUCAAAUCCUGCCGACGCAUGAAGAAGAACGGCAUGGAGACACGGCCCACUCCGCCUCACCUCACAUCCGCUAUGGCAGAGAACAUCCUGGCCGCUGCUUGCGAGAGCGAAUCGCGCAACGCUGCCAAGAGGAUGCGCCUGGACGCCUAUCACGAUGAACAGAUCUCGCUGGACAAACCCUCCAGUGGCAGCGCUGCGCCAAGGGAGCCGGCGUCGCUCGUUUCCUCCGCCUUCUCGCUUGCCGCGUCCACUUUCUCCAACCAGGAGCCACAGGUCUACAUCAACGGGGCUGGCCUCAGCUAUGGUUACCGUGGAUACCUGGGACUGAGCAGCACUGUGCAGCAUCCCGUCUCCCUGACGACCGCCGCCGCACAGAGCAACGGCCCUACAGACCUCAGCAUGAAGUCGCUCUCAUCUGGGAACAUGGCAGGCGCCAACCACUGUCUGGGUGGGCGGGGCGUCAGCAGUGGGGCCUCAGCGCAACUAAGCCAACCGGAGAUUGCGGCUGUUCGUCAGCUGAUCGCCGGAUACCGGGAGUCGGCCGCCUUCCUCCUGCGCUCUGCUGACGAGUUGGAGAGCCUCAUCCUGCAGCAGAACUGAAGAGCAAACACGCAUGCACUCCUUACCCGAAUGAAAUGUGGAAGAAGUGUGAAAUCUUCGCCUAGCACUUGUAGCUUGAGGAGGUUAUCCCGUUCCUAUCACAAUCAGCGCGAGCCUCCGAGUAAAAGCGUUUUGCCUCAUGCCCUCCCUACACACACCCCGCAAUGAGACUCUCUAGGACACGCUGGCUUGUACAUAGAAGCACUUUUACCUGGUCCUCUCCCUGCUAUUUCAUAUGCACCUCGGGCGCCUGUAGACCAGAGCGGGAAAUACCUCAAUCAUCUACUUCCUGCCCCAAUGCUGUAAAUACUCAGCUAAGGAUAAAAAGGAUGAAGAUGUGUAUGUGUGUGCUAAAUGCUAAUGACUACUCCUUUAUUACCUCCCACUCUAACGUGGUCGUCACUCCUCGGACCUCCUUCGUCGCUUCUCGGUGGACCUAAGGCUCCUGCUCUUUUUCGCUGGCGCCCUCCAGAGGAAGAGAAGAGCAUUUGGAUUGCUGCUGAAAACGAGAGGCGGCGCUUCUGCCAUCGACACACGCGAGACCUCACAAACAGCGACAACGAGGGACCACCAAAAGCUUUCUUGUGUUACAUGUUUUUUUUGGCUGGUCCGCCGACUAGGCAGAAAGUCGCAAUGUGUUCGUUAUUGGCUGUGGGACUAACGUUUCUUGUCUUGGUCAGCUAAUGAGCAGCCUCAAUUUGUUGCGAGGAGGAUGUUAGCUUAACAUUGUAUCUUUUUAUUUUAAAAAAGCAAAGAUUAAGUCCAACUUUAAUGUUUUUACAUCGCACAGCUAGUCGGCAAUUUUACUAAGUUAUUGGAUGUCGGUAAUGGCUUUUGUCUUACACAUGAGACUCAAUUAGCUUGGUCUGGAUCAGUCAAAUAGCAGUCUCGAUUUGUCACGAGGAGAGUUAGCUUCGAUUAAAGUUGUAUUCUUUUAUUUAAGAAACAGCAAACAUUUUUUGUACACUCAUUGUACAACUACUGGAGUCAGCAAGUUGACCACGUCAGUGGAUGUCACUUAUUAUUUUAAGUCGUAUGUAUGAGCUCUACUUAACAUGGCCUGGAUCAGGUCAUGAGCAGUCUCGAGUUAUAUCUGGUUGUCAUUCUUUUUUGUUCGGAAACAACAAGCUUUUAAUUGGCAACGUGUAUACGUUUUACAGGGAGUUAACAUGUCAAUGUCGUCACUGGUCACAGCUAGGCAUAAAAUCAUUCUUUCAUUGAAAUUGACGUUUUUAUACUACAUACUACAUGGAACAUCCCACAUGGAAGGAAUGGAUCAUAUGCAUCAUUUGGUAUUGCUAAGACAAGCUAAAAGAUACUAAGAUAACUGGCUCUAACGAAUCAGCUAACAAAAUCCGUGCUAACAAGCGACGCUUGGAAUUAACAAUCGAGCCUUUUUGUUGUUUAAAAUGAAAAUGCCACACUUGGUUUUUUUUCCUUCUUGGGCUAACAUGUUAAAAUUGUGUGUUUGCCUUUGUUAUGUUCACUUCUAAUUUAUCAAGAAUCUCAAUACACUGAUUUAGUUUUCUGGCAUGGUGGAUGACUGCUUAACAUAUCUAUCUGCCUCAAAGUUCUGAAACCAAGGGUUUAAUUCUGGGCGACAGACUUCCUUUGUGAAGUUUGCUUGUUCACCCCAUGCUUACAGUGCUGCUCGAAAGUUUGUGAACCCCAAAGCGAUGGUCAGAUUUUUUGUAAAAAAAACUAAAAUAACCAUAUUAAAUGUUAAGUUAUACCCAAAUCCACAAUACUGACAUUCCAAAUAAUGGACUGAAACAAAAGAAAUAGUUAUAUUGUCAUUCUUUAUUUAACAAAAGUGGUUGAUUUAAGAAAAACUCAGAUAUCAUGUGUGCAAAAGUAUGUGAACCCCUUCAGUUAAUAGGAUAUUGCGCCUCCUUUUGCAGAGAUUACCUCAACCAAACGGUUUCUGUAGUGACUAAUCAGCCUCUCACAUCUACUUUGGGGGAUUUUUGCCCAUUCUUCCUUGCAGAACGCAGUCAGUUGAGAGAGGUUUGAUGGGCGUCUGGCAUGAACUGCUCGCUUCAGGUCCCGCCACAGCAUUUCAAUGGGAUUUAGGUCAGGACUUUGACUGGGCCAGUCCAGAACACGAAUCUUCUUCUUUUUCAGCCAUUCCUUGGUUGUAUUGCUGGAAUGCUUUGGAUCAUUAUCAUGUUGCAUGAUCCACCUUCUGCCAAGCUUUAACUUCAAAACAGAUGGUGUCAGGUUAUGUUCUAGGAUUUGACAAUAUUCCUCAGAAUUCAUGAUUCCCUGGACUAUGUGGAGUUGUCCAGGUCCUGAGGAUGAAAAGCAAGCCCAGAUCUUGACAUUCCCACCUCCAUGCUUCACUGUUGGGAGAAGGUUCUUUUGGUGGUAUGCAGUGUUGACUUUUCGCCAGACAUGGCGGUUUUGGUUGUGACCAAACAGUUCAAUUUUGCACCUACAUCAGUUGAUGAAAACUCUUUUUAAUUUAGUCUCGACAACACAACUGUUAAAAAAAAAAAAAAAAAAACUACUGAAUUGAUUGAUUAGGAAAUCAGGUUGAAAUAAUAGAAAAUUCCAAAAUGUUGAGGGGGUUCACAAACUUUUGAGCAGCACUGUAUGUGGGUUUUCUGCAGGUCGUCUCACUUCUAACGAAACAUGCAUGGUUGGUCGGUUAACACUCUUGGCCAUAGGUGUGCCUGUGAGUGUGAAAUUGUGUUUGUCUAUAUGUGCCCUGGAAUGACUGGCAGCUUGGUCAUGAUAGUGAUAAGCUCCAGCACCCCUGCGACCCUACUGAGGACAAGCAGUACAGAAAAUUAAUGGAUGAAGGAGAAAAUUACCUCAACAUAAAAUUGAAGUCAUUCAUCAAAACCAGCAUCAGUGUUUGGAGCGUGGCUUGACAGUAAAGUACCUCGUAUUCUGUACUGUUUUCAUACAGCAAGCUUGGUCAAAUCAGUAAAUUAAGGUCCUGCCUUGGCUAAUUGGUGACUCUCGGUGUUUAUUAUAGAUUUUUUUUUUUUUUUUUUUUUACAAGAAUGACCGUAAAAAAAAAAAAAAAAAAAAAAAAAGAACCUUAGACUGAGGUACAGACAGAUGGAGUUUAAAAAGGCAACUUUUUUUCUGACCGAUUUUGCAAUUUUGUGUUGGAAUUGAAGGCAUGUGGUGCAAAUCGCACUUGUUUUUAUUGCUCUAAUUUUGUUUUUACGCAAUGCAGCUGAUAAUCACAAUGUUCCCUCAACAUCAGGCAGUCUCACAUUGUGAGGGCUGAGCAAUUUUUGUGGAACAUUCCCGAUUUGAACUGUGAAGAAUGUUUUUUUUUCUUGUUUUAAUUUGUUGACAAAUAUGCAAAAAAGAAAAAAAAGAGUGAGAAGGGGUUGGGUGUUUGGGAGCAAUGAUGUCAUGUGACUCGUUUGUCACUGUGCUGCAAUCAGGUUUUAAAGGUUCUAAGCCAGGUGUGGGAUAAAUACGCGUAUGACCCGGGUGCCACAUGGCGUGCUCUCUUCAUUAAUCUGGCCCACCUAGCACCAAGUUUGCAUCAAUAUGUUUGUCCUUUAUUUAUUCAGUUAUUUUAUUCAAUAAUUAGCUAAUAUAUUUAAUGCAUAUAGUCAAAUGAAAAUAUACAUUUAUAAAAUUAUAAAUUCAUUAUUAUUAUUUAUAAUUAUAUAUUUUACUUAUACAUUGAACUAAUUGGUAAAUGAAUUAUUAAUAAUAAUAAAAAAAAAAUUCAUAUGUAUACAGUGUGUUUUUUUUUUCUCCUAAUUAUACAUACCUACACAUUUUAACGUUUUUAAAUUUUAUUUUUGUUACUUCGUGGAUCUAUCAGUUUGCGAACUGUAAUGUGGCCCUUGAGCACAAAAGUUAAUCCACCCCUGUGCUAAGCAUUUGUGUUGGUCCAGUAAAUAGAAUGAGAGCAUAUUUCAAGUGAGAACAUGUUAGUCUCCCUCUAUUAAGAUAAACAGAAAAACAACAAAUACCAGCAAAGGACAAUCUUUGCCUAGUUGUAAUUUGCUAUUCAGAAGAAAAAGGUUUUACCGGUAAACUCCACCUCCUGACGAAAGCUUGUGUAAUCAGCGUUGUGAUCUUUUUAAAUGUGUGUUUAUUGUUUUGGGGGCUUUGUACAAUGUCCGACAGUGUUUGCUGCAAGUACACAUUCCAAAAUGUAUCCUGGCCGCCAUCAUGCAUCCAUUCGCAUUCCUCAAAGAGAAAUAACACCUUUAUUUAUUGUUUUCCAGUCGUUUAUUUUAUCAAAUAAGUCGGGACAUAAUGAUGGAAAAGGUGAGCUGUGUUUUUGGAAGAGUGAUCACAAACUUUAAGAACAAAUGCCAGCACUUAAAGGUUGAAUUUGUGACUUCAUAAUUUUUCUGCGGUACAAUGGACUAACGUUUAGCACGUCUCAGAGUCUUUCUCGUGAUUACGUUCAGCUUGAGCCUCCUUGUGUGCAUGUUCUCCCUGUGCUUGUGUGAGUUUUCUUUGUUUACUCACAUUCCAACAACAAGCAUGCUACUCUAGGUUCAUUGGAGACUCAAAACUGUCCAUACAUGGGUGAGUGUAAAAGCAAGAUUGACUAAGGACUGAUCCACGGUGUACCCAAUGCCUUUCACCUAUAAGUAAUCUUUGGUGAAUAGACUCUUAAAUUGCCCAUUAGUGUGAAUGUGAGUGUACUAAAUGCCUGUCUACUGUAUACGUGCCCAGCUAUUGACUGGUGACCAGUCUGCAGUGUACCCAGCCCCCCAAAGUAACCUUGGGUAGACCUCAGCACACUCCUGACCCUAAAUGAGGAUACAAAUUCACAGUCGGGCCAACUGCUUAUUAUUUACGAUGCUUUGCAAGCAUUGAUGUUUUUUUUUCUCCUAUGGUCGUUUUUUUAAUUGGAUUGUUAACUGAAUUGCUUGCUUGCUCAGCCUCGUUUCACUCAGUGGAAGUGUGAUGUUUACAUGUACAGAACUUCAACUUUCUGCUCUGUUCCCUUUUUCACCUCACAAUCCUUGUUUACCUUCCCACAACUAGAGAAACGGUACGACCCGAUUGAAAGUAACGAAAUUUAUUUUGAAAAACGUUUUAAUUUUCUCAAUUCAACAUUUACCAUUAAUUUUUAAAAUUAAGCCAUGUGUAAUAUAAGGAUGCUAACAGCCCAAUGGCAUCUCAGAUGCUUGAAUUAGUGAUGCUGACCACUUAACAAUUGUCCAGAGUCACUGAAGGCAAUGUAAUAGUGAGUGAGUGAGUGAGUGAUUGCCUGCCAUUGAUGGUGAUAGACAAGGAGGGUUAGCAGUAAAAAUGGCGAUUAGCGUACGGGCUAUGCAUUGUUGGGCCAAAACAUCACCAGCCAGACUGGAAGUGUUGAAACUACCUAGCAAGCCUAGUUCGUUAAAGACUUGGAUCGUUAUAAACUGCAACUUUAUCAAACUGUCAGCAUCAAAGGUGAGUGGGCAUUUCAUUUCUUGAAAAUGGGCCUGCCCACUGUGGUUAUCCUACAGGCAGGAAUUUGCAGAUAUUUCGGGCUUGAUAGUAGGUAGGUUGCCUAUAGUCAUAGGUCACCGAGGGGGUGCCUACAGUUGAUAGUUGAACUAAAACAACCAGGAUAUGCUGGUGAGUACCGACUUUAUGCUGGAUUUUUUGUAUUGUCGUGCUAGUCUUGCUGUUGCAGGUGCAAGGUCAGCACAAACACGACAAAUCCAGCGUGGUCAGCAUGUUUUUUUUUUUUUUCCCCUAACAGGUUGCAAGCAUCUAGCCAUGUAUCAAUCAGGGAUUCUAACUGCUUGGCUAUAUUAAUAGUUUGUUAGCGUGACUCAAUGUGUUACAAAUUUAUGCUAUCAAGACUGCUACCAUCUACCUGUAUAUCCCAUUACGCAUCACUUGAAGAAACAAAACUGGGCUUGAACUAAAAACCAUAAAGCAUCUUGGUACCAUUGUGAUUUUUUUUGUGUGGGGGGGCUUAGAUGUGUACAUACAUACACACACACCAAUCGGUGUGAAAGAAUGAAAAAGCCAUUGAGACCCACUUUGGGGGUCUAUUAGUAUGUUUAGCGAGCGAGAAGGCUGCAAAUGACACGUCAACCUCAGGAAACAAAAACAACACGUUUUGUACAACUCAUUUGCUGCCCUCUUUGAUACCAUUUUCUAUUUAUUGUCUUUCUUAUUCCAUACAACAGUGGACCUACUGUGUUCAUAGAUGUAAAUGAGACUUUUUGUUGUGUUUUGUCAAAGAGAACAUAUCAUGUGAACAAUCUAAUGGUGACUUUUUUUUUAUGUGCUCUCACUGCUGAAAUUUUGAUUUUUCUUUGGACCUCCUGAGAUGUACAAGACAAAGCUAAAUAUACUACUAAUAAUAAAAACUGUGCUAACCAGUUCAUAUCUUGUAUACGUGUGUGUGUGUGUUGGGGGGGGGGCUCUUUGCUGCUGGCACUGGUAGGACAUAGGACUAUACAAUUGACACGGAAGCAAGAGUAAAAUAAGGACUGUUCAUGACAAUUUUAUAUGAGAAUGAAAUCUUACACUGAAUUUGUAACUACUAUGACAAAAUAAUAUUGGAAGAAUUUUGCGAUCAUAGUUGUGAUUAUUUAAGCAGGUUUUCAACGCUCAUUUAAAUAAUCAAAUUUUACCAGAAUCAUGAAAUAAAGAGUUAAUAAGGAAAAUACUCAUAACUAGCCUCUUCCAGUUUACUUUCAAAUUAAUCAGUGUGACAAAAGCAUUACAUGGCCUUCCUCUGCGGAUUUUGCAUGUUGUUCCUGAGGCUGCCGGGGUUUCUCGAAGUAUUCCGGUUUCCUCCCAUAUCCUACAAACAUGUAUGUUGAUUCAGAUAAUGAUCGAUGGUAAUGUAUUUGCCUUCCAAAUCUGCCUGCCAGCCUAAUGCUAACAUAAUAAAAAAGAACAAUUUAUUAAUAAUGUAUUUACAAUUUAUAACAAAAUAAUAAAACACUGUACUUCUUAAAAGAUAAACGUUAUUAUAGUUAAAAUAAUUUGAUAUUGAAACCCCUCUAGAUGUUUUCGUUUUUAUAUAAUUUGUAAAAUUAGUUUAACAAGUAGAUAAAGUAAAAAUAUUUUGAGGCAAUGAAAAGGUAAUAAACACAAAUAGUAAGUACUCGCCGCUUUUAACUGAUGAACCCAUGUGUUGAACGUCUCGCCAAGUACAAGGAAUUGCAGUAACCGGGUAGUAUUCAUCGAGUGACAGUGACAAUCUACGUCAGAGAUCG